AUGUUGACAGCGGAGGACUUUUUGCGAUUUCCGCUCCAGAUAUGGGAGAAGGUGCUGUCAAAGGUAAAGAAAGCUGUUGUUUUUAUGGAUGACAAGUGCGCAGAGAGUCUUCACUGGAGUGGUGGAGCUGCAGCUUUACUGGAGGCAGGAGCCAGGAACAUAAAACAACUGUCCAGCUUCGAAGCCUGCGCUAAGAACGAGCCUAAAGCCGUGUUUGUUGUUAGCACUUUGCUUAAGGGGAGAACGGUGGACAUAAUUAAAGACAUCAUAUCCCUCAGUCACUUCCAGUACUGUGUCGUCGUCACCACUGUCCCCCACUCUGUCCACCUUCUCGCCAACAAUGUGUCAGGAGACCUGGAUGGAACCCCAGUGUUUGAGCAGUUUGAAGAAAAGCUGUGUGAGUGGAUGGGAAAUAUGAACUACACAGCUGAAGUCAUGCACGUCCCUGUGGUUCUCACUCCUGUAUCACAACAGUUACUUCUGACCCCCACGUUUGCCCACCUUUUCCCACUGUUGUCUCAUGACCUGGGAGAAAUAAAUGCAAAACGGCCAGAGAAGAAAAAAUUUGGGAGCCUGACAGAUGUAGACAUGAACUCCCUUCCCGCUGAGCUACAGAUUGAAAUAAAGUCUUUGGCUUCAGCCUUAAACACAAUGUUUGAAGCAACAGGUACCAGGGAGGAGAGCUUCGCUGUUGGACCAAUGAGUCGGUUCAUAGCCGCUGAGCUGGCCAAUCACCAUCAGGCCAAGAAUCGAAGAAAAACAGCCCCUAAUAAAGCCUCUGUCAUCUUUGUGGACCGAACAAUGGAUAUUACAGGAGCCGUUGGUCAUCAUGGUGACAACCUGGCUGAGAAGAUUCUGACUGUGCUCAAACCAUUGCCAGGUCAUGUGACGGAUAUACAGGUGGACAUGCUGGAACUCACCACUCUACAGCGCACCCCGCACUCCCAGAACAUCCUCGCACCAGGCUGUCUCGCACAAACCCAGUCACCUGUAGCACAGUCCCUGUGGGAGGCCAUGCUGACCAGUAAACAUAAAGAGGGAGUGAUGGAGGUCCGAAGACAUUUGGUGGAAGCGGCCAGUAAAGAGAAGCUGCCCAUCAAGAUGACUAUGGGUCGGGUGACACCUGAGCAGCUGUGCUCCUAUAUUUCACCGUUCCGUAACAGUUGGGGGGCACUAGAGAAUCAUUGUGGGGUACUCCAGCUGGCUUUGGCCACUGCCCAGACACUUCGUCACCCUAACCUCCCCCGUUGGGAUUCUUGCCUGGCUUUCGAACGGCUCCUGCUGCAGGCUCUGGGAGACUCUGAUUUCCCGGCUGUACUAAGGCAGCUGCUGCCCUUGAUGCAACAUCAUGAAGGCCCCGACUCGUCAUCCUCAGGGUCAAGGUCCAGGAAGGAUGAGUGUGGGCCGGAUGAGCUGAUCCUCCUGCUGGUCUACCUGUACUCCCUGGCUGACGAGGCCCAGCCUUCAGACCAUCAUGCAGAGGAGGAGGAGCUGGAAAAGCUGGAGAGGGAACUAAUCGGAGCGCUCACCCUGCUGAUCACCAACCAGACGGAGCUCAGCCCAAUGCUUCAAAAGCUCACAGGCUGUGCUGACCCCGAAGAGCUGAGCGUGGAGCGAGCCCACACCACAGUGGAGAAGAUGUUUCAGACCCUCCAAGGUCUGAGCCAGACUAGAGAUCACCUCAAACAGCUGCGCUCCGUCUACACAGAGAGUGAUGGCGUUCACCAGGCGACCUAUCGUCCUUUCCUGCGUCAGAUCUUGGAGCAGGUCUUCCAUCCUGACAGGGUCGAAUGUCCAGACAUUGAGCACAUGUCUGGAGGACUGACGGACCUGCUGAAGACUGGCUUCAGUAUGUUCAUGAAGGUGAGCCGUCCACAUCCCGGUGACAACCCUGUGCUCCUGCUGUUUGUGGUUGGUGGUGUCACGCCCUCAGAACUUCGCCUCAUCAGAGAGAUGGUCACCGCACACAAGCCGGGGACCCAGGUGCUGGUUCUGGCCACCAGGUUACUGAGGCCCACAGAUGUUCCGGAGCUGCUCUUCACCACCAACAGACUGGUACCAGAUGUGGGUGUUUAAUCACAGAGACUGACAAGCUGCCAUGACAAAUCAAGAGAUAGGGUAAACCUUGAGAAGACAUUUACGUGAUGGACAAAACGGGGAAAAGGUUCACUCCCCACCGCUUCCUGCAGCUGUCUGGCCAUGUGUUGUUACAUCAGACGGCAGUCAAGGUAGUUCUUCAGAGCCACAGACAAAGGCCAAGCAGGCCAGCUCAGGAAUCUGCUGGAAAACACGCAGCCGACAUGAACCUGGGCAUGAAAGUGUACUGCAUGUACAAAGUGUUUGGCUAAUAACAGCCAGUUUGGGGGAAGGUGAUUGCAGGAACCCGUUGUUCCCCUUUUGUUCAGACAAUAUUACAAUAAGUCUACAUACUGUAUAAUGACAAUCUGUGGAGUGCUAUACAUCAGUUUCACGCUGAACUUUUGACUCACUCAGACAAACAUACAAUUCACCCGGGUGUGUGCAUCAGGCGGCCACAGUGAACUUGUCUGCUCCCAUCUAUCUAACAACCCAGCUAUUGUGCAACCGUCUGUGUUUCACUGAGUGAUGAGGUGCAGAACACCAGGACAUCAGCCGAGGUGCAGGAGCGUGUGUGUGUUCUCGAGGUUGAAGUAUACAGUUGCACUUAGAGAUGGAAUAUAAUGUGAAAUAUUUGGAGUAAAAUGACAUCUUUAAAAAAUCAUGAGAUUCAAUGUAUGUAAAUGUAGGAAAUGUUAAACUGCAGUGAGUGCUAACAAAACCUCUCUCAUCUGAAAAGUUUCUUUCUGUUUUAUGUAACUGUAAGCAGAAAAUAAUUAGCUUUUGACUAAUAGUUGGACCCUACAAGCUUUCCCAAGAAUUCAUGUUGGGCCUGAAUUUGUACUACAAUGUCUGUAAAAAUAUUUGCUCCACAGGUUUUUUUUCCAUGUUUGAAUCCCAUUAUGUUGCACAACAAAAAAUCUAUUUUUACUAUUGUGUUCCCUGUUUAUCCAUAAAAAGCCCAAGUCUGAAAUAUUGUGGAAGACAAAGGAACAGAAACAGGCAGAAAAGAACAGUAUUGCGUAAGGAUCUAUUUCCGUGUGAUCACAGCAGAACAUUAGAUACAUGCACAAUGUACCUGUUUCCCAAAUUAUUUUACUGUGUACCAUUUACAGCCAGCGAGAACACCGAACACAGACAGCAGCAUGCUAAUGUGUCAUACAGGGACAGGCUGUUGUUCGUUUACUGACUGCCAAUACCCAACAUGUCCUGAUGUUUAUAGAAGCCUGGGUACCGAACAUGUAAACUAGAGUACAGAUGAGUCUCCCUGGAACAAUGUGUACUGCAGGCCAAUGAGCAUGCCAAAGCAGACCAUGUGGGACUGAUCAUUCACUGUCCUCUCCGGCUGAUGCUGUUCUCUCUGUGUCUGGCCUUCAUCCUAUUAUUUUGUUUUUCUCCACAACUCAGUGAAUGUGUUACUGGCAACUGUCUCCUGAACACGUUCAGUUCUGUGUUUGAAGAGCACUUGUGUGCGACUAAUUUAUUAAAAUGUGACUGAUGAAAAAAAUAACUCGUAGUACACAUUAAAUUCAGACAAUCACCAUAACUUUUAUUUAUUUUAUUUUUAUUU